AAAAAAAUAAAAAAAACAAAACAAAGUAAUAUAUAAAAUAAAAUCACAUCGAUCGAUUCAAUAAGCAAGUGAAUUAGUUUAACGACGAUAUUUGCGUCCUCGAAGUGUAAUUAUACAUAUUUUUCGAAGAUAAAAAAAGUUGCUUGCUCGUCAUAAAAUCGAUGAAGCUGUUUAAACGAUAACCAGAAUCAUUCCAAUAUAACAACUCAGUGGGUCGUUUGGUAGCGAGACACACAAAACGUUUUUUGAAAGCGAUAGAAAAUAUUUAAUUGAUACGAGUUGCGUCGAAGUGAAAUACAGGUUAAGGGUCGAUACAGUUCAAUUUUAUCUUUUAUUUAUUCGAAUGAGAGUAAGGCAGAGAUAAAGAAAAUCAAAACACUAGGAGAAUAAGAAGAAGAAUAACAAGAGGAGUUAGGGGGCAAAGAAAAAACAGAAUAAAAAAACAAGUUACAAAAAUGAUAAUCUUUUCUCGUGGAAGCUCGUUGAUACGAGUUUCCGUAUCGACUUGGUUGAGGACAUUACAAAUUUCGAGAAAAGAAAAAGAAGAAGUCGUUGGUGUUCUUGUUGGUACUGUAAGAAAGAUGGCAUCCAGUAGUAAUAAUACGAAGGAUAAUAUGGUUGUACCAAAAGAAGAAGUCGUCAGGUUCAUUCAAGAAUGCAUGUGCAAGGUGGGAACGCACGAAGAAGAUGCUCACGUAGUUGCAUGUCAUUUAAUGACCUCUGAUUAUCGCGGUCACUUCAGCCAUGGUAUGAACAGAAUGCAGAUGUACGUGAACGAUAUUCAAAAUAAUAUCAUCGAUCCUGUCGCCAAACCAGAAAUCAUACGAGAUUUUAAGGCGAUAGCAUUGGUAGACGGACGAAAUGGUUUGGGUCAGGUAAUCGGCAAAUAUUGUAUGGAAUUAGCGAUAAAAAAAGCUAAGGAAUAUGGAAUUGGUAUGGUAUCAGCUCGAGGAUCAAAUCAUUUUGGUAUUUGUGGUUAUUAUACAUUGAUGGCUAUGGAACAUGGUCUGAUUGGUUUCAAUUGUACCAAUACGAGUCCUUUAAUGGCACCGACGCGUAGCAAAAAAGCUGCUUUAGGAACGAAUCCUAUAUCCUUAGGCAUGCCUGCAGAAAAUGGCGAUGAAUUUCUUUUGGAUAUAGCUACUACUGCCGUGGCACUGGGAAAAAUAGAGUUAGCUAUGAGAAAACGUGAAUCGAUACCCGCGGGCUGGGCUCUCGACGGUCAGGGUAAAAUUACUACGAAUGCUCAAAAUGCUUACGAUGCGACUCUCUUGAUGCCAUUGGGUGGUGAAGAACGGAAUUCGGGUUAUAAAGGUUACGGACUUGCUACCAUGGUUGAAGUUCUUUGCGGUGUUCUUUCUGGUAGCCAGUUUGGACCAAACAUUCGUGCUUGGAAAAAAGGCGACAAGAUUGCUGAUUUAGGACACUGUUUCAUGGCUAUCGAUCCGGAAGCUUUCGGUAGUGAUUCGAAAAAGAGAUUAGCUGUUUUGCUCGGUCAACUUCGGGAACUUCCAACUACUGGUGAACUACCUGUUCUCGUGGCUGGUGAUACUGAGAGGUGUGCCAUGGCAAAGGUCGAUAGAGAAGGUGGAAUAGAAUAUCAUCCAAAUCAGAUAAAAGACUCCGCUGAAUUUGCUAAAAUCAUGGGUGUCUUACCCAUGAAAUUAAUACCUAAAAUUUCCAGUUAGAUUUUAAGAUUUUUGGUAAGAAUCAAAAUUUCCAGUUAGAUUUUAAGAUUUUUGAUAAGAAUUAAAAUUUCGUACUAUUGUGUAUGAUACUGCUCGAUAGAUCUAAUCGAAUAAUAAGUUUUAAGAUCCAGGAACAAAUUUGUUACCAUUUAAUAUACUGUUAUUUUUAAUUGA